AUGUCCUUUGAUUCCAACGCGACCAUUCUUCUCAAAAUCUAUUCCCUCCUCACUCUCAUCUGUUCCAUUGGAGCUGCCGUUUUCCAUCUCAUUGCAUUGGGACUCUACGCCGAUCGAACCAAAGAUUCUACACCCACCGAGACCUACGUCGCUCUGGGAUUCACUUCUGGAGCUUGUGUCUUGAUGGCCUUCUUUUCCUUCAUUCAUGUCUUGAGAAUGUUAAUUUCCUCAUUAAGGUCGAAUUAUUCAAGAUUUAACCAUGUCAUGUGGUGCCUAUAUUUGGCAAUGGCUGGAUUCACCAUGGGAUGUGGAACCAUUGAAAGUACAUUGACAGGAUUGUUGUAUCGAGGACAGAGAUCGGGAAAUAAUACACAUAUUGUAGAUACUUUGUUUGCGGCAAGUCUUGUGGUGAGUGGAGUGGCAGUGAUGGCUGUGAUGGAUGGAAUCAUGUCGAAAGCGAAUCAGAAAUCGAUUUGUUAG